AGCCUCGUGUCACGCGCACGCACGAAAUCGCGUUUCAGAGAAAGGGCGCUGACGUGAAAUGCGUCACCACUAUAACAGCCCCGUCCACACCCUUCUGGAUCAUUCCUGGAUUUGUUUGAGGUCUGAAGAGGUCUCAGUGAAGAAGAUCUGGCGUCGAGGAUUUUUCACAGUGUUUGAAGACCAAAACCCCCAAAACAUGUUUUUUCUACUCGAGUAACGGACAUUUGCUUCCUACGAUUUUUUUUUCUGCUCCAGAUUGUUCAAGAAGGAAAUGAUAGACUCUAGCUAUCACAAUCCCGCCCAUUAAGCCAUUUUUCAGCCAUAAUGAUAUAAAGAAAUGACAGCUUAGACUGUCUUAAAGUUGUUCUGAAAAUUGUUGCUGUUUAAGCACAAUAUAUUAUAGGUACCCGAGACGCAGAGGAGAGGUAUUAAUAGUAAGUGUUUAUACUUUCAAACCAAUUUGAUUCGAAAUUUUAAUAGAUAUAAUCAAUUGUUUGUCUGGAAAAUUAUAACUAUUAGGCAGUUAAUUAUAACAUGAGAACAUGUAACGUUAGUUAGUUAGAAAGAAUGCUGAGAUAAAGCGAGAACUAACCUACUUAGCGUAUGAGCUCACACUGCAAAGCCAGCAGCGGCGGAAAGCCCUGUUUCUUUGUGUGUGAGACGGAUUUACAGUCCUAGUAAUGAAGGAUAUAUAAGCUAGCGAUCGCUUCUCAUAAGCAAUCUGUACAUAAAGAUUGCCACAGCAUAGACAGGCAUGAUAUGUGAAGAGUUGGGACGUAAAUUUGGUGAGAGGAGAGCUCAUUGGAACAUUUUAACGCAAUCUACACAUAAAGAUUGCGAAGUUGGCGACUGGAUUUAACCGAACAGGGAAAUCAGUUAACAUUACUGUGGCUAAAAUGUAACAUCUUAUGUUUUUGUGUCGUUUGUUAAUGGCGGUUAUUGGUAGAUAAUAGUGGGUAAAAUAAAAAGAAACAUACAAAAUAUACAUGUAUAUAUUUUUAUAUGGCAGUCUGGGUAUAAAGAUUGCGUUUGUGUGUAUUUCGGGUAGCUUGCGGUGAAAUUUUAACAGUGCAAUGUCGAGUAGAUCAGACUUGUUUGUCUAGUCGAUUUUUCGCUCUAAUAUGGCGGACAGGUUGUCGUUUGCUUGGACCACGAGAGGAAAAAUGGUAGCUUUGUAUUUGCAACAUUAACGCUCUAUUGGCUCAGUUCGCUUGUCUCGGCGCGGUGUUACAGUAAUCUUAGCCUUUUUCUUUAGUACUUUGCGAGUGUGUGAACCUACAUCGGCUGUAAAGUUUAGCUGGGGGUUUUUGUUCUUUUUUUUCUCUCUGCUGGUGUUUGUGUUCUAAGAUGGCGCCCGGGCUUCUUCGUCGUCGUCUUCUCCAUCAUCGUCAUCAUCUUUCUUGUUCUCGUACUGAAGUGGUUAACAAAAGGGGCGGGGCCUGAGUCCGGCUCAGCCAAUCAGGAGCUCUAAAAGCCACUCUGUAACGUUAGAAACGCCCCUCCAAUGCUGGCGGCCGACAGAUGGCGAAAACAGCAACGGUCACUAAAGCAGCUUGAGUUCCGCUUGCGGUGUAAAACGGAGUUUUAAUCCAAAAUUACUUCUGAACACUAACGUACAGUUGUUUUUUUUUUUUAGUUCAGUUGGCUUAUCAUAUUUGUUUUUUAACAAUAAUACGGAGCAACACAGAGGCGAAAGGGAUUAAAAAGUAGCUACAUUUCUCAUAAUUUCUUACCAGAUCCCAGUGAAAGUGAACGGGAAAAGUUGUGCCUCAUAAAGGAUAUUGUUAACUACGGGGAGUUGUGUGUUAACCUAUGUUCCGUGUUUUGGAGACUAUAAAAACCUCAACUACAACACUUUAACGGUAGCCUGUUACAAUGGCUGUAGGCCCUGUGGACCCCAGGGAGAUUCUGAAAGGAGUAGAAGCUCUGCUUGGGAAGGAUGGAGAGCUCCGGAGUCUGGAAGGUGUUGCUAAAGUUUUCAGUCUCAUGAAGGCCUCUCAUAAAAUGGUCAGCAGGUGCAUGUAUCUGAACAUCUUGCUGCAGACCAAGUCUCAUGACAUUCUUAACCGGUUCAUUCGUGUGGGUGGCUAUAAGCUGCUGAACUCUUGGCUGACCUAUUCCAAGACCACCACGAACACUCCUCUGCUGCAGCUUAUUUUGCUUACUCUGCAGAAACUGCCCCUCACAGUGGACCAUCUCAAACAGAACAACACAGCCAAGUUGGUCAAGCAUCUCAGCAAGAGUGGGGAGACAGAAGAGUUAAGGAAGCUUGCCUCAGUUCUUGUGGACGGUUGGAUGGCCAUUAUCCGCUCUCAGAGUGUUUCCAGUGGCGCAUCGCCAAAUGACAAGAAACGAAAGAAAGAAGACAGUAAAGUGCGUCCUGAGGUGAAGGCUGGGGAGAAAGGGACAGAUGAUGAGAAGAAGAGAGAAAAACCUAAAGCCCAUGCUCCCAGCCAUGCCAAGAUUCGUUCCACAGGUUUAGAGAUGGAAACCCCAACACCAGUCCCAACUAAAAAGCCACCUGCUGUACCACAACUUGGAGACAAAUACAACAUUAAACCAGCAGUUCUCAAGCGCCCCAGUACUUCCAUGUCUGAUGCUCCUCCUGUGGAGAAAAAAUACAAGCCUCUUAACACCACCCCCAACUCUGCCAAAGAGAUCAAAGUCAAGCUCAUACCUCCCCAACCUAUGGAAAGCCCUGGUUUUCUGGAUGCCCUUAAUUCUGCUCCUGUGCCUGGAAUUAAGAUCAAGAAGAAGAAACUCAAAGCAGCAUCUCCUACGUCUAAUAAGCCGUGUCCAUUUGACAGCAAGCCUCAGACAUACGCCAGCACACAGGCAAAGCCUUCAUCCCCUGAAGCUCCCGCAUCUCAAACUCCCCCUCACGAGCCCCAGGAGCUGGAACAGCCAGGGACACCUGUCCCCUCGGAAGAACCCGAGGUUAUGGACACUGCAGAAAAACCCAAUGCUCUUUCAGAGCCACGUGGUGAGGAGGAGAGCCUGACGAAGAAAGGAAAGAAAAAGAAGAGUGUUCGGUGGGCAGAGGAAGAACAGCUCAAAGAAUACUUUUACUUUGACUUGGAUGAGACGGAAAGAGUGAACGUUAAUAAGAUUAAGGACUUUGGAGAGGCAGCUAAACGGGAGCUGAUGAUGGACAGGCAGACGUUUGAGAUGGCACGACGUCUCUCGCAUGAUACCAUGGAGGAAAGAGUGCCCUGGUCACCUCCACGACCCCUUACCCUUUUAGGAUGUCUGGUGACAGCAGGGGCCAACAGCAGUGAAAAGCUUACCCAGAGGGAUCGAGAGAUGGGUAUUCUCCAGGAGAUCUUCCUCAGCAAAGAAAGUGUUCCAGACAGCCCCCAUGAGCCUGACCCAGAGCCUUACGAGCCAAUGCCACCGCGUCUUAUUCCCCUUGAUGAGGACUGCACUAUGAUGGAUGAUAGUUACAUGGAGCCUGCUGAUAGCACUGCUGUUUCAUGCGGUAUCGCUGUAGCCCAGGAGGGUUCCAAGCUGCCCCCUGUCCUGGCUAACCUAAUGGGUAGUCUGGGCAACAGUAAUCGCAGCCCCCAGGCACAAGGCAGUGCACCCCCUUCAAACAACCCAACAGUAAAUGUCCAGGAACUCCUCAGCUCUAUCAUGGGUGCACAGGGUUCAAACCAGUCAGCAGAGGACUUAAUAAAGCAGCCUGAUUUCUCAGACAAAAUCAAGCAGCUCUUGGGCUCUUUACAGCAGAACCAGAAUCAGAACCAAAACCAGUCAGUUAAUUCUCCACCAAUGAACCCCAGUUUGCUUGCCCAUAAUCCAGGCAUGAACAUGAACAACAUGAACAACAUGCCGAUGCCCAUGAAUGGAGCUUACCCACCAAACAAGCCUCCUGGUGGCCCUCACUACAACCACCCCCCUCCUCCCCACGCUCACGCACCCCCUUUCAACUCUGGAGGAGGCCCUCGCAUGAUGGGCCCUCCACCUGGUCCUCAGGGCCGCGGAGGAGAGAAUGGCAAUUACUGGGGUGAGGACUCCAUGAGGGGAGGGCCGCACCGAGGAGGCCACUUCCACCGGGGACGAGGAAGAGGAGGUGAUCAAGGCUUCAGAGGGCGCGGGGGACGAGGGGGUCCAAGAGGGGGACACAACAACAUGGGUGACAUGUCAAAAAGACCUGUGUGUCGCCAUUUCAUGAUGAAGGGAAGCUGCAGAUAUGAAAACAACUGUGCGUUCUAUCACCCAGGCGUGAAUGGUCCUCCACUGCCCCCUCAACACGGUCACUAACUGAAAAUUUUCUGUACUGAAAAAGAGCUGUCACAGACAUGUACACUUAUCUUAAACUCCUCCCCACAAGGGGGCAGAAGGACUCAAAAUGACGUUGUGAAUACUUGUGCCUGGCUUACAGCGAGAGGAUGAAAACAAGGUGUGAUGAUGAUUUCACCGGAUUUGACAAGACAAGGCCCUUUAUUCCUCUACAGUGUUUACAGCUGCCUAACCUGCAAUGAAGAAAGACACACAACACCAGUCUGGACCUAACUUAUCCUGUUUUACAGAAACAAAAAAGCUAAGACUGGUUUAGCAGAACUGAAUGUGACUCUGUGGUGUAGAGAAUAUGUACACUGGUGAACACAAUAUCUCUCUGUGUAAAUAGAGACUUUAUAUUUGUGAUUAUUUGUAGAUAAUGUAUAUUUUUGUGAUCAUAUGUACAGUGACUUGAGACUGCUGAAGAUUGUGCCCAUCCCAUCCACUCUUUAUGACCACUAUUUUUGCGCUUUGUUUGUUUUGUUUUGUUUGUUUGCCACAGUGGUCCCCUUUUGCUUUUUAUUAUUUUGAAUUUGGUCCAGCACUACAGAACCACACACAAUGGAAUAUGUUGCCAUAGGACCUCUAUAAAAGAGGGUGAUUUUUCAUAUUUUUCUUUUUCACCUUGACUUGAAAAAAGCACCUUGAACCUUUUGUGGUUACAAUGCCAUGGUCUGCUUUCCCACACAAACACACAAAAAAGCAAACGAACAGUUGGCCAGUUCCCAGUUAUGUAUUCACCUGCCUGGUCUAUUAAUGCAGAGCUUGAUUCAGGCUCUUGUCCUAUGAAGGUUUGGUGCUGGCAAGAAAUCUCUAAUGCUGUGGUAUGAAAUGGUGCAGUGAACUCCGUUAUAAACAUACUGUACCUGUCAGUACCAUUCAUCCCAAGAACUUUAUAGUUUGACACUGAAUUCAUGCAGAAUGAUGGGAAGCACAUCAAUAGUUUUAAAACACUGUUGAAUAAUUUGGCAGAGCCUCAUAAAACCAUGAACCUACUUAAACUUAUUUAAACAGAACAAAAAUCAACAAUGAUGAACAUUAGUGUGACAAUCAGAAUGAUUGAAAUAAUUGUGUCAGUGUGUGCACAUGCACCUGUGUGCGCACAUGCACCUGUGUGUAUUCAUGCAGUCACAUUAUCUGUGAUUCAGCUGUGAAGCACAACUGUGGGGCACGACCGUACCUUGUCUAGUUAUGGUCGUCCUCGAGUUGUGCCUCUCUUUGUCUAUCAGUGUUCGAAGGAGCCCCGCUGGGCUUGUAAAACCACUCUUUGGGCCAACAUUAUUCAGAGUGUUUUCUGUGAAAACAGUGGCCUUUGUGUCUCUUGUGGGACUUUAUUUUUCUGGAUUGUUCAUUCUUCUCUUGUUUUUAUUUUCAUAGAAGUCUGAUGAUAAGAUUUUUUUCUUUUUUUACCCCUCUAUCCAUGAGAGGUUUAAUUUGUGUUAGAGAGAUGUGUGUGUCUAUGAGCCAGAAUAUAGUGCAUAAACACACGUUUAUAAACAUAUACAAAUAUCUGUAAAGGUUUUUUCUACAUGUAUAAAUAAAUGUUAUAAAAUGAACUCUA